AUGAAUUCGCAAGGUCCGAAUGAUGUAUCGCCAGAGGCGAUGCAGGCGCGCAUUCAGCAGGCGCGACGCGAGGCUGAGAAUUUGAAGGACCGGAUCAAGAGGAAGAAGGAUGAGCUCGCCGACACUACUCUCCGUUCCGUGGCUCAACAGGCCCACGAGCCCAUCUCCAAGAACCAGAUGAUGAAGGCGAAGCGGACACUAAAGGGGCAUCUUGCCAAGAUCUAUGCCAUGCACUGGUCCACCGACCGCCGGCAUCUCGUUUCCGCCUCCCAGGACGGAAAGCUCAUCAUUUGGGAUGCUUACACAACAAACAAGGUCCACGCCAUCCCGCUGCGGUCAUCCUGGGUCAUGACCUGUGCCUAUUCCCCGAGCGGCAACUUCGUCGCUUGCGGUGGUCUCGACAACAUUUGCUCCAUCUACAACCUGAACCAGCAACGCGAUGGCCCCACCCGUGUGGCGAGGGAGCUCUCGGGCCAUGCUGGUUAUCUCUCGUGCUGUCGAUUCAUCAAUGAUAGGAGCAUCCUCACGUCCUCGGGUGACAUGACUUGCAUUCAGUGGGACAUUGAGACCGGCCAGAAGGUCACUGAUUUCACCGACCACCUCGGAGAUGUCAUGAGCAUCAGCCUCAACCCCACCAACUCCAACACCUUCAUUUCCGGCGCCUGCGACGCUUUCGCCAAGCUUUGGGAUAUUCGUGCCGGCAAGGCCGUGCAGACAUUUGCCGGUCACGAAUCCGACAUCAACGCCAUCCAGUUUUUCCCUGACGGCCACUCCUUCGUCACCGGCUCCGACGACGCAACCUGCCGACUCUUCGACAUCAGGGCAGACCGUGAACUUAACAUCUACGGCUCCGAGUCGAUUCUCUGCGGUAUCACCUCCGUAGCCACCUCCGUCUCGGGACGACUUCUCUUCGCGGGCUACGACGACUUCGAGUGCAAGGUCUGGGAUGUUACGAGGGGCGAGAAGGUGGGCUCACUGGUCGGCCACGACAACCGUGUCAGCUGCUUGGGCGUGAGCAACGAUGGCAUAAGUUUAUGCACAGGUUCUUGGGAUUCUCUGCUUAAGGUUUGGGCCUAUUAA